AUGGCUGAAGAUUUCACGUCGGCGAAAGCUGCCAACAUGGAGAAAGUUCUCAUGACCAUUUCCAAGAAACUCGAGCAUUCUUACCUGCCCUAUCUGACUGACAUGAUCAAAGCGAUCAAUCUUGUGGCUUCUUUCCGGGAGUCCAUCCAGAAGUACAAGAUGCUUGGUCAGACUUGCAAAGAGCGCGUUGCGCGUGAUGCAAGUUCCUCAAUUCUUCUGGGUCUGGGCCGGUCUUACAUGGCUGUGACUACAGCACUCGAAGCAGCUCGGAAUUCCAAGGCCAAGUGCGCAGAAAUUUUGGCAAACCAGGAGGACGGGAACAUCGGAGAGUUGAUCCAAGCUUUGGCUACCACAGAUUUUUUGGAAUUUCCAGACCUGCAGCCCAAUGGCCGGCUUCUGGCCAACGGAAUCGAUGCUGAAGUUGCUUCUCGUGCAAGUGAUGUGGACAAGCUUCUUGAUCGUUGCGCAGAGCUUUGCAAGAACAUGCAGUGCAAAGGGACUGAUGACUGGAAGACCCGUCUUGACUCUGAGAAACUUGAAGACUACGAUUAUGUCCUGCAGAUCGCCAAUGAGACUGUGUACAAGAACGGUGGCAAGCCACUUGGAGAUGAAAUCCUCAAGAUUGGUGAGGUCAUCAAGAAGAUUGAGUCUUUCCAGUCAGCUGUUCGCAAGACUGCAAAGGCAUUGCAGUCGCUUCAGGCAAAGCAUCCGCAGUUGCUCAAAGACUGGGCAGGUUUGGAGGGGCUGCUUGGGGAGUGGGAGGACAAACUCAAGUCCUUCAGGGCAUUCUACGCGGAGGGGAUCUUUCUGUAUGCUAUCAACAGCAAGUCCAAGGCAGCAGCUUUCCCAAGCUUGAAUGCCCAGGUGAUUUUGAUUGCGGGUGAGAAGAUUCCCGUAGGCCCUGAAUACCUUCAGCCCAUGAUCUAUCAGAAAGCCACUGAGAUUCAUCGCUCAUGGUCCACUACGGCGCCUUCCCAGCGCUUGCAAUCGAUGCCGGCAUCGCAGGCAUCCAAGAAGAAGUGA